AUGCCGGAUCGGCAAAAUUUGGUCACACAUUUAAUUAAUUUGGAUAAUUGGGAUAAAUUUUUUUUAAAAAAAAAUGAGCGAGCUGAUAAUGUAAUUUGUGGAGCCCUUCAGAACCCAGCGAAUAAUUACAUCUUUCGGUCAUACGGGAAAGGACAACUUUCAACUGAUUUUGAUCAUUUCGAUUUGGGACUUCCUGAAUCUUCUGCGUCUAUCAACAGUGAACAUCACACGCUCGAAAAAAAAACGAAGGAAAAGGUCAAGUACAAUGAACAAACAGUCUGCGGUGUCAAAGAUAAAGAACCUGCAGACGUUACAAAGAACAAUUGA